AUGAUUAAGGAAAGUGGCCUGAGCCGGGACGGGCUGGACGCCGUGAGCCAGUUGUUUUUUCUUUCGAGUUUUUUGCUGUUCGACCGACCACCACGUCUUCGUCUUCCAUAUGUCGUCUUUGCGAUUCGUGCUGCCGGUCGGUCGGUCGGUCGGUCGGUCAGUGGUCUGCACCCGCUUCUCCCCCCGGAACUGACCGACCUACUGACUGCUCGGCAAUGGCGGUCACAUGCUGACCCAGAUUUCACGGCACCGUUAGCGAGUUUUUUACCUCUUGUCAAUUUUCAUUUGUUAUCGAAACUUUCAAGCGGUUUUUCUGCACUAAACCUUGGCCAGCAAGGCGUGCUGGAAUGUGCAUUUUACACCGGUCGUUUUAAUAAAGCCCGUGUAACCUGCGCACACCUGGGAAAAAUGCACCGCGACCGCGGUUGA